CGUCAUCUACACGCGCCAUAUUUUUGUUGUUUGCCAAGCUUUCAGAAAUUUUGUUUUGGAACGCAAAUAAAUAAUGCCUCCAAAGAAUAAGCAGAAGAAAGUGAUUCAUCAAGAUGAACUGCGUCGGUUGAUGAGAGAGAAACAAAAGCAAACGAUAGAUAAGAAGCGUGUCGAAUCCCCUUAUGCCAAGUACAACAGUCUCGAUCAUCUUAGCUGCGUACUCUGCAACGAGCGGGUAAAGAAUGAAAUAUUGUGGCAGACUCACGUUCUUGGAAAACAGCAUAAGGAGAAAGUUGCCGAGCUCAAGGGGUCUAAACAAAGUUCAACAGGUCACGGACCCCAGCCCCCGCUGAAAAGGAAAGCAUUGGAUUCUGAAGACACGAAUGGGAAAAAGUCUAAACCUGUGGCAGGUAACGAGCAGGCAUCUACGUCGUCAGGGCUGCCUGAUGUUUUCUUUGCGAAACCUGCCCCGCCUGGGCCGAAGAAACUAACUGGAAUUUUGAAAAAAACAUCUGCUGGACUGAGUCUUCUGGCCGGAGUCUAUAAUGAAGACGAAGAGGAGGCUGGUGACUCUUCUGACCUAGGGGCAGCCUCCAGCUCGGGUGUGCAGAAGGGGACACCUGCCCCAGGACUCCCAGCUGAUUUCUUUGACAACGGCACCAUUCCAGCUGUCCCAGCUGCCUCUCAUUCCGGGUCUAUCCUCAAACCAGAUGAAACUGAGAAGAGUGUGGAGAAGAAGGAAAAUACACCUGAAGCACUACCAGAAGGCUUCUUUGACGACCCAGUGAGAGAUGCCAAAGUCCGCAAUGUUGACGCUCCAAAAGAUCAAAUGGAUAAGGAGUGGGAAGAGUUCCAAAAGGAAAUGCGGCAGGUGAACACUAAAUCAGAGGCCAUUGUAGCCGAGGAUGACGAGGAGGGACGUUUUGAGCGUCAGAUUGAUGAAAUCGAUGAGCAAAUCGAAUGUUACCGGAGGGUUGAGGUAUUGAGAGAUAAGCAAGAUGUGGUGAAGAAGGUUGUGAAGGAGAAGACCGAAGACCAGGAAGACUCCAGGGGAAGCGAUGAGGAGGAUGAAGAAGAGCUGCUCCACUUGCUGUCAAGAGACUGGAGGGCUAAAGGGGCCCUUGCUUAAAAUUCCUGGGUCCUUUUGACCCAAAUAGGGUCAAUGUUUAUCCAGAUUGUAAAUAAAAUAGCAAAGGAGCCAGCUUCUUUCCUCUGUCAAUGACAAACCUUUGUUGAGGAUUUUGAAUGUCUAAGUGUUGUCUUGUACAGUUAUGUCUACAGUACCAGUCAAAUGUUUGGACACAGCUAUUCAUUCAAGGGUUUUUCUUUAUUUUUUAAACUAUUUUCUACAUUGUAUAAUAAUAGUGAAGACAUCAAAACUAUGAAAUAACACAUGGAAUCAUGUAGUAACCAAGUCAAAAUAGAUGUUAUAUUUGAGAUUCUUCAAAGUAGCCACCCACUCCUUGUUGACAGCUUUGCACACUUGGCAUUCUCUCAACCAGCUUCAUGAGGAAUGCUUUUCCAGCAGUCUUGAAGGAGUUCCCACAUAUUCUGAGCACUUGUUGACUGCUUUUCCUUCACUCUGCGGUCCAACUCAUUGGGUUGAGGUCGGGUGAUUGUGGAGGCCAGGUCAUCUGAUGCAGCACUCCAUCACUCUCCUUGUAUAUUUGAGAUUCAAAGUAGCCAUCCUUUGCCUUGAUGACUGUCAGCGUUGCACACUAUUGGCACUCUCUCAGCCAGCUUCAUGAGGUAAUCAGCUGGAAUGCAUUUCAAUUAACAGCUGUGCCUUGUUAAAAGUUCAUUUGUAUAACUUUUUUCUUUAAUGCGUUUGAGACAAUCAGUUGUGUUGUGACAAGGCAGGGGUGGUAUACAGAAGAUAGCCCUAUUUGGUAAAAUACCAAUUCCAUAGUAUGGCAAGAACAGCUCAAAUAAGUAAAGAAAAACAACAGUCCAUCAUUACUUUAAGACAUGAACGUAAGUCAAUCUUUAGAAUUUAAGGAACUGUCAUUUGGUCUGAUGAAUCCAAAUUAGAUUUUUGGUUCCAACCACCGUGUCUUUGUGAGAUGCAGAGUAGGUGAACGGAUGAUCUCUGCAUGUGUAGUUCCCACUGUGAAGCAUGGAGGUGUGAUGGUGCUUUUCUGGUGACACUGUCCUUGAUUUAUUUAGAAUAAGUCACACUUAACCAGCAUGCCUACCACAGCAUUCUGCAGCAAUACGCCAUCCCAUCUGGUUUGUGCUUAGUGGGACUAUCAUUUGUUUUUCAACAGGACAUUCAAGCAAAGCACACCUCCAGGCUGUGUAAGGGCUAUUUGACCAAGGAGAGCGAUGGAGUGCUACAUCAGAUGACCUGGCCUCAACCCAAUUGAGAUGGUUUGGGAUGAGUUGAACCGCAGAGUGAAGGAAAAGCAGCCAACAAGUGCUCAGCAUAUGUUGGAAAAGCAUUCCUCAUGAAGCUGGUUGAGAGAAUGCCAAGAGUGUUUAAAGCUGUCAUCAAGGUGAAGGGUGGCUAGUUUGAAGAAUCUCAAAUAUGAAAUAUACCUUCAUUUGUUUAAACUUUAUUAUUACAUGAUUCUGUGUGUUAUUUCAUAGUUUGCACUAUUAUUCUACAAAAAAAAUAGUUUUAAAAAAAAGGAUAAAGGUGUCCAAACUUUACUGGUACUGUAUAUAAAACUUGCUCUUGUGGUAAAUGCUGUUUUUCUAAUGUUACACACAUGCAGAAAGCACCAUGCGUAUGAAAUACUGUACCAUCAGCACUUAUUAAAAAAAAUGUUGGGAGCCAAA